CCUAUCACUAUUUCAUCAAAGCCUUCGUAGAUUUCAGCAAAAACUUUCCACAUGAACCGCCUUGGAGGGCAUCUGAAGGACGGACUUCAAUUUGCAUCAUAAUUAUACUCGCAGAGGCGUACGACAACCUCUCCUUCGCUUGGAGAAUCAAGUUCACGUUCCCAGUCAUCGUCAUCAACAUCAUCAUCAGCAUCCGUUAUCAACGUCAGAGAAAGAGACACCCUGGGUCCAAUGGGUUCAACUUCUGAUAAUCAGAAGAAGUGUCUCCAUCGAUGGUACUUGUUCCGUCUAUUAGUUUCCAAAGGAAUAUGUCUCUUUGAAUCGGAUUGAUGAAUGAGUUGGCAUUUUGUACAGAGGAGGAUGGGGGCAACCCUUCAUCCCCGAACUACGAUGCCGAUUCCGGACAAGACCAGAUCUGUGUAAGGCGGAUUAGGUGCGCUCCUGAUUUACGAUGUGGCUGCUCCGAUUACGAGACGCACCUAAGCAGAUAUCGUGAAGAGAUAAGGGUGGCGGCAGGCAACUGGAGACCGCUACUUAAGAAAGGUGUCCGAGCCGAACUCCACAAGUGUGCUGGCAGUAUCAACCAGAGGCAAAGCUCGUAGAGGCUUCUCCAACAGGAUACAGGAUAAAGGCUAUAGGAUACUCCACGAAUAUGGCAAGCACCGCCAGCGUUUUGGCCAGUACAGUGGCGGCCACUUCUUCCGCCGCCAUGGAGGAUCUUCGGUUCAGCAUCACAGACUACAUCGUUUUCUCCUUGAUGCUGGGCGCCUCGGCAGGAAUCGGCAUCUACUUCGGGUUUUUCUCGAAGGCCAAGAACACUACCGAGGAGUAUCUGCAGGGCGGCAAACGGAUGCCCACCUUUCCGGUGGCCAUUUCCCUGGUCUCCAGCCAGCUUUCCGGCGUGGCCAUGAUGUCUGUUCCGGCGGAGACCUACUCGUUCGGCUUCAAUAUGAUAUUCGUGGUAUGGGCCAUGGUUCUGGCAGUUCCGGUUCUCAUCUACAUAAUCGUGCCCGUGUUUUACGAAAACAAUGUGUCCAACUGCUACGAGUACCUGGAGAUGAGAUUCAGCAAGCGCACCCGUCAACUGGUCACCAUUACGUUCAUCAUGAACCAAUUCCUGAUGCUGCCCGUUUACAUGUUUGUUCCGGCUUUGGCCUUCUCCCAAGUCACCGGCUACAACAUUCAUCUGAUCAACACUGUGGUCUCCUCCAUCUGCGUCUUCUACACGAUGCUGGGCGGGAUUAAGGCUGUGGUUUGGACCGAUGUGGUGCAGGGAGGCGUCAUGUUGAUCUCCGUCCUCCUGGUGGCUUUUCUGGGCACCUCGAACACGGGUGGAUUGGGCAAUGUCCUGGGGAAUGCUGCCGAGGGCGGUCGAUUUGAUUUUAAUUUCGGUCUGGAUCCUCGUCUACGUAUCACCUUCUGGGGGGGCAUAUUCAGUGGGCUGCUCAUGUGGACGGGUAAAAUUGGUCUGGACCAGAGCUGCGUGCAGAGGAUCGUCUCCAUGCCAUCGUAUACUCACGCCAAGAAGUGUCUGUUGAUGGCUGGCGUUGGCUUCCUGCUCGUUAUGUCCUUCACUUGCUUCGCUGGCAUCAUCAUGUUUGCCUACUACUACGGCUGUGAUCCCAUCCAGGCUGGGCUUGUUAGCAAGCCGGACAAACUGAUGCCAUUCUUCAUCCAAGACAUUAUGGGCCACCUGAUGGGCAUGCCCGGCGUCUUCAUCUCCUGUGUGUUCAGUGCCUCCCUGAGUUCCCUCUCAGCCAGUCUGAAUUCCUUUGCCGGCGUCGUGUACUUUGACUACAUCAAACCGCGUAUUAACCACACAGAAGCCAAGGCCAAUGGCAUCAUGAAGAUGACGAUAGUUGUCAUGGGUGCAUAUUGCAUCCUGGGCGGCUUCAUGGUGCAGAACUUUAACUCCAUCAUCCAGACGAUGUGGACAAUAACGGGCAUCAAUACGGGCGCCGUGGUGGGCGUGUUUCUCCUGGGGAUGUUUGUGCCCCGCUGCAAUGCCAAGGUGGCGGUCACGGGGAUAGCGUUCAGUGUUCUGGGCAUGCUGUGGAUCAUCAUCAAUGGCCAGCUCAACUUUAAGGCUGGCUUGAUUAAGUACGAACCCCUGCCGAACGGCUUGGACAAGUGCGAUGCCCCUCAGUUCCAAGUCAUCUUGAAUGCUAUAAACAACCAGAACUCGACCACUACUCCAUUGCCUUCUCUGGCAGCCCCCAAGCCAAUGACCACUGCCUUUGACAGCGAUCGGGACUUCUCCAUAUACGACAUCUCGUUCUACUGGUACAAGGUUCUGGGUGCCCUGCUGGUCUUCGCCUGGGCCAUACCUAUGAGCUAUGUGUGGCCUACGCCCAAGGAUGAGAAGCAAAAUCCCAAGCUAUACUCGCCAUUUGUGAGGAAGUUGCUAAACCAACCAGGCCCUGUUCUGGAGUUGGAAGAGUUGCCUCUAAAGGCGCCACUGCCCGACGAGGAGGAAGUGAAGGCGAUGAAUAAUGGCAUUGCCAGAGAUGCCUAAUGAAACCAUCAUCACAUUUGUACAUUAGCACUAGAAUAGUAUAGAAAUAAUUAUGGAAAUCAUAAUAGAUAAGAGGGAGUUAUCUUGCAAUUAGGGCCAAAUGUCACAGGUCGAAAAUAGGAACAACUCAAGGAGCUAGCU